AUGUACAGCUCGGUCUCCGCCUUACUUUGCUUGUCCAGUGCUAUCGGUGCACUUGCUCAUGGCAAUCACGCUAAAGUUGAUCCUUGGAAUGACGAUUAUGCCGGUACACCAGAUCUCAGUUUCAGCGGUGUUACCAGUUUUGCCCAUUUACCCCAUGUCAAAUGUUUGGACAAGCCGGAUACAGCUUUUGAUAUCGCUUUACUUGGUGUUCCCUUUGAUUCUGCAGUCUCUUUCAGACCAGGUGCACGAUUCGGCCCAUAUGCUUUGCGAAGUGGAUCUCGAAGACAAAGACCAGACAGAGGAUAUUCUAGUCGGUUGGAAGUAAAUCCCUAUACUAGCGGUCUUUAUGUUCUCGAUUGUGGGGAUGUACCUGUGACCCCCUUCGAUCCUGCUACUGCUAUAAAGCAAGUAAAAGCAGGCUAUAAAUCUGUCUUGCACCAUCCUGUAGUGAAUGAGGAAGAAAUGAAGCGAUUACACAUGCAGAAGGGUCUUGAUGGAGAGUAUCACCCAAGGAUUAUCGCUCUUGGCGGUGACCAUACCAUUGUCUUACCGAUUCUGGACGCUGUGUCGGAAGUAUAUGGCCCAGUAUCAGUCAUUCACUUUGAUGCCCACAUCGAUACUUGGAACCCUAAUAGAUACGUAGGAAGUGUGUCUCUUCAAGCAGAUGUAAAUCAUGGAACGUUCUUCUGGCACGCCUAUGAGAAAGGUUUCAUCAAGGGCAACUCUUCCAUUCAUGCUGGUAUCAGAACCCGUUUUGCUGGUCCGCAAGAUUUAGAUGAUGACGUUACUGCCGGAUUCGACUUGAUCCAUACGUUCGACAUAGACGAUUAUGGAGUCGACUGGAUUUCCGAAAAGAUCAAGGCUCGUAUUGGUAAUGGACCUGUUGUCAUAUCAUUGGAUGUUGAUGUCAUGGACCCAUCUAUUGUUCCUGCUACGGGUACUCCUGAAUCUGGGGGCUGGACUUCUCGGGAGCUUAGAAGGAUCCUUCACUCCCUUGUCGGACUCAAUGUCGUUGCUUUCGAUGUGGUAGAAUUAUCUCCCGCUUACGAUACACAAGGCGAAAUCUCUGCCAUCGCUGCUGCCGACAUGGUGUAUGACUUCCUAAGUAUUUUAGCUUUGGGUGUAGAUCAAGAGAGCACUGAAGAAAAGACAUAUCACACCGUUGAUGAGUUGUAG